UGGGACACAGUAUUUCAGACCCUGGUCAGCCAUUCAGACUGCAAUCACAAACUGCCCCACCCUUCCUUAAAGUGCUCCACAAGGUGGCCUGUCCCUCAGCUCCACACACUGACCCUCUGCGCCUGGUCCCGACAGGAUGUGUGUGCUCCUACCCCUGGCACUCUGUGCCCUGGUCGCGAGCUGCCAGGCUGUGUCUCCACCCCAGCAGUCUCUCGGUCCUUUGCCUCUGCUCUCCCGGGCCUGCAACGACGUAGAUGUCCUGGGGGUUGCAGGACUCGCCCUGCAGGACAUCAACAGGGACAGGAAGGACGGCUACGUGCUGAGCCUCAACCGAGUGAAUGAUGUCCGGGAACACAGACAGAACGGCCUGGGAUCUCUUUUCUAUCUCACGCUGGACGUCUUAGAGACCAGCUGCCACGUGGGAAGGCAUGGAAGGACUGUGGGGAGAGGCACUUUCACGAAUCGGUUUAUGGUCAAUGCAAAGCAGUGUUUUACAUUAACAGGCCAAGAAGAGUUCUCUAUUUACCUGCCUACAACUGUACUCUUCGCCCAGUUGCUCGAAGACGUAUUCAAUUUACAUGCCCUGACUGCCCGGGCCCCAUUAACCCCUCUUACCCUCAAGUUCUGGAAGCCGCCACUCAGUCUCUUGCAAAAUAUAACAACGAGAGCACUUCGAAGCAAUAUUCUCUCGUGAAAGUCACCAGGGCUUCUUCUCAGUGGGUGUUUGGCCCGUCUUACUUUGUGGAAUAUUUAAUCAAAGAGUCACCAUGUGCUAAAUCACAGGACAGCAGCUGUUCACUUCAGCCCUCUGACUCUGAGCCCGUUGGUCUUUGCACAGGUUCUCUGAGUCGAAGGCACUUAGAAAAGUGGGUCUCUGUGAGUUGCAACUUCUUCGAAGCACAGGCUCCAGCCCCUGGAGGUGAAAAGUCUGCUGUUAAUCAGGGACCUGAGAGCCUCCCCAAGGUGGAAGAGCCCCAAAAGAAAGAUUUGGACCCCACUCCCUCUCCCAGCAAAGCUGUACCAAGGGGAUCUGUCCAGUACCUCCCCGAUUUGAAUAAGUCUGAAGAUUUGGAUGAGGUGACGCCUGAAGAUUUCGAGGGAAAGAACCCUCAUGAAGCCUUGCCUGUGCAGCUGGAUCUAACCACAAAUCCCCAGGGAGAAACCCUAGAUGUCUCCUCCCUCUUCUUGGGGCCUACUGAGAAGUUGGUUGUCCUGCCUUUCCCGAAAGGCCUACGCUCUGCUGAGUGCCCAGGACCAGCCCAGAAAGACAACCCUCUUGUCCUCCCACCAUGAGAAUCAGAUAGAGACUUCAGGGCUGUGUGAUGCCCUGAGAGGUGGUGUGGACAAGGGACAGAGAGAAGAAUUCAAAUAUAGAGUGGCUAAUAAAAUGUAUCUUGGUCUCAGCAUAUUGACUGGAUAGAAAUAAUGAGAGUAAGCCCUCCCCUUGGGCUGCCACGAACACUGCACGUUAUACACUAUGUAUUGAAAUUCAUCUCCUAAACUAUGCACAAGUUCAUACCAUGAAUAGAUGCUUCUCUUGCAUCUACAAACUCUCACUUAAGAAGAUUAAAAUUCUUUUGCUUCAUA